AUGGCGUACUGCUACAUCCACCUGGGAGACUUUCAGGCGGCGAUGAAUCAGAUCGACGAGCAUCUCAAGUAUGAUCAAGGUAACUCGACGCCUCCUCCUCGCUCCUCUUCUCCUCCCUCACGUCCAGCGGCAGACCCUGAGCCCAUGGCCUGGUUGUGGAAGGCCAUCUGCCACUUCGGGCUCGGGCAGUACAAGGCAGUGGAGGAGUGCGCGCUGAGGGGGCCGCCAGGUCAAUUGCAGAACCGGAUCCUGUUCCACAUGGCGCAUAAGAUAGGGGACGAGGGUAAGCUCAUGAUCUACCACCAGAAGAUGUCAGCAAGCGUUGAAGAUCAGCUGUCGUUAGCCGCCAUGCACUUCCUUCGCGGUCACUAUCAGGAGGCGACGGACGUAUACAAGAGGGUGUUGCUGGAGCAGAGAGACAACAUCGCGCUCAACGUGUACGUGGCCCUCUGCUACUACAAGCUGGACUACUACGACGUGUCUCUGGAGAUCUUGAACCUCUACCUCAACCGGUUUCCAGACAGCCUGUACGCCAUCAACAUCAAAGCAUGCAACCACUACAAGCUCUACAACGGAUCAGCCGCGGAGUCUGCUGCCUCAGCCUCUCCUCCUGCACUCAUCCGGCACAACCUCUCAGUCUUCCGGAGCGGCGAGAACGCCCUGCAGGUGUUUCCGCCGCUCAUGUCGGUCAUCCCGGAAGCUCGCAUCAACCUCUGCAUCUACUACCUCCACCAGGGCGACCUCGAGCACGCCAACGACGUGAUCAAGGACCUGGAGCCGACGCAACCAGAAGAAUACAUCCUGAAAGCAGUCGUCUAUGCCUCCAUCGGACAGGAGAAGAACAACUCCGAGCUGCUCAAGCAGGCCCAGCAGUACUUCCAGAUUGUCGGCGCGUCCAGCAGCCAUUGCGACACGAUCCCAGGCAGACAGUGUAUGGCCCAGUGCUUCUUCCUGCUGAAGCAGUUCGACGACGUGAACAUCUACCUCAAGUCCAUCGCGCCCUACCUGCGAGAGGACGACAGCUUCAACUACAACUUCGGCAUAGCACAAGCCUGUGCCGGCCACUGGAAGGGAGCGGAGCAGGCGUUUGACAGCGUCAAGUCACCGGAGAUAAGAAACGAGUUCUCCUUCAUCGCCUGGAGGGCUCGGACGCACAUACACAACGACAAGCCUCACCUUGCAUGGGAGGCUUAUCUCUCCUUGGACGUCUCCUCCAACGCGUACGUUCUGCUGCAGGAGAUUGCCAACACGUGCUACUCCAUGGGGCAUUUCUUCUACUCUCUCAAGGCUUUCAAUGUGCUUGAGCGCAUCGACUCACUGCCCGAGUACUGGGAGGGCAAGAAAGGAGCCUUUGUCGGCGCCUUUCAGAUGGUGCUGGCCAAGAAAGAGCCCAAAGACUCCCUCCCGGAGAUGAUCGAAAUGCUCAGAAGCACUUCCAACCCACAGGUGGAGUAUCUUCUCCGGACAGUGAAGAAGUGGGCCAAGGACAACGGUGUAGCGCUAGGAGGCAAUUGA